GCGGUACCGGCGCCAUUUUGCCCGAGCGUGCGAGCUAGUGGGAGUGGAACGCACCGGCCGUUGUAGCCGUCGCCUUCUUCCUCCCCACAGUCAAACAGCGCGGUGACUAGGCCGUCGGCCCUCGAGCCGAGACAUAUCUCUUGUUUAGUGCUCGGGAGCGCCUGGCCAACAUGAGUGAUGUAGAGGAGAACAACUUCGAGGGCAGAGUGAGUACAAAGCCGCGGGAGCCGUCUUCGGCGGCGGCCCGAUGCUCCGGGGCUCAGGGACGAGCGCGGUCGGUCGGGCGAGGUUGCGGGGCCCGCAGGAGCAGCCUUGAGGGCCACCGCGAGCGCGUCACGUCCCAAGAUGGCUUCGAGGUCCCCCUGCCUGCCCAGAUGCCCCACUAACCCGCAGCGCUCCUUUCUGGCGGCUGACUGGUACCUGGCCUGGUCCUAUCCUCUCCUGUCGCUCCCUUUCCUCUCAGCUUCCCAUCUCUGCUCCGAGGUGCGGGUCCCCUGCGCGGUGGGGCAGGAGGCGGCGGGGCGCUCCCUCCGGCCGGAUAGUGGUAGGUGCUUCCAUCGGUGGCAUCUCAGGCCACCACCCCUCCGGCCAUCGCAGCGGGGUCCCGGGGUCGGAAGUGCGCGGGGCUGUUGUCGGGGCGGGGAAUUGCUGGCGCGGGACUAGCUGGGGCCUGUGUCUCCUUGGCUGGCUCUCUGUUGCAGUGAGCGGCCGCGUCUCCGUCGGAACCGGCGGCGUCGCGUCUGUAAAGGCGAAAGCCUUGAGGUUGAAGGUGGGACCGAGCCCAGUGAAGUGGUUAGUCAACUACGCAAGAGCCUUUUCCCUUAAUGUCCUCUAACCUUUCGCUUCUAAAUGAAUGUGGAAAUGCAGUAACGCCUGUUUUUUUUAGCUGCUAGAUGUUGGGCUCUUUAUGUCUCAACUUCUAAAAGCUUUCUUUCCUGUGACCAUUCAUCUGAAAACUCCUUUACAGGUUUUUAUGGCUAAACUGCCAAGACAUCUUACUUUAAACCUUACAUAACUGAACGAAUUUCUUGUCUCAGUGUUCAAAAAAAUAACUAAUCAGUAUUAACUCAAAAGAUUACCUGAGAUUUACAGACCCUCCCCCGUUUUUCUCACCCGUUCCCCAAGAAAAGGCUCAAGGUUUUCAUUAUUUGAGGUCUUGUGGCUAUAAACAGUAUACUCAGCUUGCGUAUAUUAGAAGUUACCGGUUUUUUGAGUUUUUUUUUUUUUUUUUUUUUUGGUUCUUUUUUUUUGGAGCUGGGGACCGAACCCAGGGCCUUGCGCUUCCUAAGCAAGCGCUCUACCACUGAGCUAAAUCCCCAACCCCCGGUUUUUUGAGUUUUAUCCCGAAGUUACCCUAGUAUUGGAAAUUAAUGGAAGUGAGCCCUGGUAAAACCAUGGAAGGAAAAGGGAAACAAAAGUCCCUUGGUACUUACUGGAGGUCCAGCUGUUGUGCUGGUAGUCUAGUGGAGGAGGGGCGGGUGGAAAAAAACCACUGGAGGAGUUUGCUGGAAGGAAAGAAUUUGUCCCUUUUGGAAGCUCAGGAUUUAGCCACCUGUAGUCUGUCAGUCAAGUCGUACAGUCAGUUAGGUUUUUGAUCUUUUUUAUUUAAUGCACUAGGACAAGAUUCUAACUCCGUUUAACUUUGAUUGGAUUAUUUGAAUGAAAUUUGCAUGCAAUGUAGUUGAACCUGCCUAUUGUUUUUAGGGUUGUUUUGUUGUACUAACAAGGUUUUUUUUUUGUUUUGUUUUUUUUGUUUGUUUGUUUGUUUGUGUUUUUUUUUGAGCUGGGGACCGAACCCAGAGCCUUGCGCUUCCUAGGUAAGCGCUCUACCACUGAGCUAAAUCCCCAGCCCCGUACUAACAAGUUUUUAAGACCAUGAAGUAAAAUAAAUAUUUGCAGGUAGUUGUAUUACUUGUGAAACUAUUAGUAAUUAGGAAAGGAUAUUUCGGUUUGUUUUGGUUUGGUUGGUUGUUGGUUGGUUAGUUUUUGUUCCUGGUUUGGUUUGUGGGCUUUGCAUCAGUGUUUGAUUGCUCUGCUUCUCUAAUUUGUACUCUGGUGGAAGGAGUAGUGGAUAAUCACCACCUUACCCACCCCAAAAUAUUUAAGAUUCCUAUUCACUUUUUAGUUAAAAUGUAUUUAUUAACCUAGUUAACAGAUAGGAACUUUUCUAGCUCCCCUCUUCUGCCAUUCAUGGUAACAAAAAAAUUUUUUUUUGAACUUUUUACAGCAGUAUCAGUGGUUCAGUGAGUUGUCUCACCAGCACAUUCAGGGUCAGCUCUUUAUGAUGCAACAGAUAUUUUGCUUCGUAUUCUUAAAUUGUAAUUGAACAGACUUGUAAUUACAUAAAGAAUUAGAAGACUAGAGGCUUUUGGGAAUGUUCACCUUGAUUUUUGUUGAACUUUGUGGGAGUGGAACACUCAGGCCUUUUGCGUGCCAGGCAAGUGCUCUACAAUCCUUUUCUUUUUUUUUUUUUUUUUUUUGGUUCUUUUUUUCGGAGCUGGGGACGGAACCCAGGGCCUUGCGCUUCCUAGGUAAGCGCUCUACCACUGAGCUAAAUCCCCAGCCCCUACAAUCCUUUUCUUAAAGCAGCUCAGUAUUUAAAUGUAGUUGUUGUUUGGUGGGUUUUUUGUUUGGGUGGAGGGUUGUAUGCUUGUUUUUCCCUGCUGACCAUAAAUGCUAUGCCCCCUUUUCAUUGCCCGGGAAGAUGUCUGAGGGCAACAAGAUAAACAAGGUGUUUGAAUGAUAUGUUGUUGAAAUUAUUUUUGUGGUAGUUAGUCUUCAAACUCUUCUCAUUACAGUAAAUUAGGAAGGCAUUGACAGGUCAGUAGUCAAAUGUUGGGCUUAUGGAGUAGUUUUAACAGAUUACUAAUGUACAGAUUUUUAGUUCUUUCCCUUCUGUAGGGAUUUAUUGAGAAGACUGCAGUAAAUGACUGCACUGUAUCUUCAGGUGUGACAGGGAGCAUGUUAAUCCCACCUCAGUAAAAGUGUUCAAAAUUAGGUGGAGGCGUCCUAGAUGGACCAACACUGAAGAUAAAAUACAACAUUUUGGAGUUCAAACUCUUUUGGGUGCAUUUUAGAAAUAACCACUCAGGUGGUGCUGCUGGUGCACACCUAACACUUGGAGAGUAGAGGCAGGUGGAUCUCUUGAGUUUGGCUACCCUGGUCGACUGAUCGAGUUCCAGGACAGCCAGGGCUCCAAAAAUCAAAGCCAGGAAAAAAAAAAAAAAAAAAAACCAAGAGGAGCUGGGAAGAGUGGUUAAGAACACUAACCUGGGUUCAGCACCUACAUGGCAGCUCACCGCUGUCUGUAACUUCAGGUCCAUCACUCACACAGACAUACAUGCAGGCAAAAUAGUGCACAUAAAUAAAAAGUAGAAAGUUAUAAAAGGAAAGAAGGAACAAGAACCAACCAAGACGUGGAAGACCACAUGAGUCAGCCCCAGUUUACGUUUAGAUUUUUCUUUGUGAAAUGCACAUUGCACUUCACUGUAUUGAACAUUAAUAGAGUUUGCCAAAAGUAUUCAAGCCAUAUUAGAUUGAUUGUGUGUUUUAUUUACUUUAUGUGUACGGGUGCUUUGCCUGCAUGUAUGUCUGUGUCCACACAUGUGGAAUGCCCAAGGAAGCCAGGAGAGGAAGUCACAUCCUCUGGGACUAGGGUUGCAGGUGGUUGUGAGCUACCAAGGACUUGCAGUCUUAAUUUUGGGUGACUGUCAAUUUAAGUCUGGAUUUAAAAACGAAACACUGUCAUCAAAGUGUAUCAGGUUAAGUGCUGAAAUAGUGACACAUGUGUAGUCGUGAUGACAAAGGGUUUCGAAUUCAAGGAGUUAGACUUGAACCCAACGUGCAAUAAGAGCCACCUAUGAACUUCAUUUUGGCAACUCUAAUUAUUUAUGGCAGAAACUCCUCUCAAGGAACACAGGAGAGUAAUUGUGUCUUUACAAAAAGUCACAAUCUGGAUCCAGGGCUGGGUGUGGUGUGGCAUAUCAUUGAUUCCCAGCACUUGAAAGCCAGAGGCAGUCAGAUCUCUCAAGUCCAAGUCAACCAGGGUGCUCAGUAAGGUCCUGCCCCCAAAACAAAAUAAAAAUCCAGACAGGCGGUCCCCAGCUCCGAAAAAAAGAACCAAAAAAAAAAAAAUCCAGACAGGUCCAUAAACAAGUUACUUGGUGGGUGCAUAUAUCAGUUUAGCAAGAUGUGACGAAGAUGUUUUGAGACAGGGUUUCACUGAAGCUCAAGCUCUUGCCUUAACUCAAGAUCUUUUUGUUUCAACUGCUCCUAGAUACUGGAAUUUACAGCCAGAGGCUACCACACCCAGUGCUCUUUUGAAUGUGGGAAAGGUGACUUGGUUUGACUUUUCUCUUUAAGUAUCUCACUGUUUACUCCUGACUGACCUCACAAUCUGAGAUCUAUUUGCCUCUGUCUCCUGAGGGCUGGCAUCUGUUUAUCACCUUAAUAGAAAUGAUGAAUUGUCUGCUUUAUAAAACUUACCCAAAGUUAAGAGUUUUGCUCCUAAUGUCCCUCAUAGAAUGUAAGAAGAACUGACAUAACCCUUGUAAUUCUUAUUCUGGCCUCUUAAAAAGGGAGUCCGAGUGUAACGUCUCUUUGCUAUGGAAUGAUUCAUUGAUGAAAGUGAAAAAUUUACCUUUACUAAUUGGAAUUAAAAGUUGUAUUUGUGUGCUGUAGAAGAUGGCUCAGUGGGGAAAAUGCUUGCUAUAGAGCAUAUGAUCCUAAGUUCUGAAGCCUGUCACCUAGAUGUAAAAAGCAUGUCUUGGCAAAGUGUGCCUCAAAUCCAAGUGAUUAGGGGAUUCUCUGGAGUCCUUAGGCAGUUCAGCUAAUGAGUAGAUGAGCUCUGGGUUCAGUGAGAGACCAACCCUAUCUCAAACAGUAAAGUGGAGUCCCAAUGGUUCAGGCACACUCUUCUGGCCUCUGGGUAUGGCAAAUACAGGUUACUCAGAAAUAUAUGCAGGCAAAACACACAUAAAAUAAAAAAUAAUUUAUGAGCCAGGUGGUGGUACACACCUUUAAUCCCAGCAUUGGGAUGAAGAGGCAGGCAGAUCUCUUUGAGUUCGAGGCCAGCCUGGUCUAUAAAGCUAGUUCAAGGACUACACAGAGAAAUGCUGUUCAGAAAACAAACCUAAACAAACAAAAGGGGAGACCUUGUCUUUAAAUAAGGAGAGAUGGGAUGUGUUUCCUUCACUUCUGGAAUUGAUUUACUGGCUUGUUUUUAAACAGUUUAUUUGGGGUUUAAGAUUUUUAUGAGAAUUGGAGAGUUGGCACAGCCGAAAGGAACCAGAUUUUUUCUUGCACUGGCAUCAAGUAGCUCACAAGGACUUUAGUUCCAGUUUCCAAAGGAACCAAUGCCCUCUCUAGCUUCUGUAGCACCGGGGUGUAAGUGGUGUGCAUAAAUACAUGUAACACAAUUUUAAUGGGAAGUUUGUGUGAAAUUUAGAAAUGAGAUUUGUCAUACUGCUUUAGUUAAGCCUCAGCAACUUAACACUUAGAUUAAUAUGCUUAGGGAGGUGGGUAGUGUGGAAGUAAAAGAAGUGGCUGGGUUUUAAGAGUGUUGCUGUUUCUCCAGAGGACCUGAACUGGGCUUCCAGCACCCAUGUCUGAAAACUCACCGCUGUCUGUGACUCCAGCUCCAAGGAAUCCGUCACCCAUUUCUGGCCUCUGCAGGCACCCACAUGCACUAAUACAGACAUGUGCACGUAAAAUCUUGAAGCUGGGUGUGGUGAUACAUGCCUUUAAUUCUAACACUCUAGAGGCAAAGGCUGGCCCAAUGCACAUAGUAACACAGAGGUAACCUUAAAUGAAAGAAAGUCGAUCUUUUUUAAGUCUCUGGGAAUGUUAAAGGCACUUGCCUAAAAUUAACCCUGACAGCCUGAUUUCAAUACUUCCAACCUUCAUGGUGGAAAAGGAGACCAGACUCCUCCACAUGCACAUGCUUACCGAGACACACAGACCAACACUCCCAGUAAAUAAGUAAAUAAAUUUACAGAAAAGAGGUAAAACUAGCCAGGCAUUGUGGCCUGUAAUUAAUCAACUUGUCUAUAAUCAGCCAAUCCCUCUUAAAAGGGACAGGAGGAACAGGAAUUGAAGACCAAGUUAGGCUAAUGGCUAGCCAGCUCUAGUGACUCAGACCUAUAUUCUGCACUGUAGGAGAAUUGCUAUAGGUCCAGCUCAUUGUGGGUUUCAGAAAACCUAAACUACCAGAAAAAGUAGGGGAAAUGGGGGAAAGGUAAAGCUGUUUUACUUAUAGUAGAAAUAGUACUAAAUUUGGUGUUGGGUUUCUUUUCUACUGUAUUAAAUGCUAUCAUUAAGUCAGUUGAACUACUGUUCUUUCUCUAUUUCAUCCCCUACUUUUAAUUGUACAAAUUUGCAAACUUAAAAAAAAUCUUAAAGCUUGAGUUUUUUAGAUUUAAGAUUUUUUUUUCACUGAAGGGUUUUGGUUUGCUAAAUGGAAAAGUAGGCUUUUGGGGGGGGGGGGGAGCAAUGCCUGUAACUCUCCACAGUGCAUUGCUGUAGCUUUAUAGGUUUGUGUGAGAAGUGCUAGGCAUGGUGGCCCAUGACUACUUCAAGAGAACUAUUUGAUAACUUAGUUUGACGAGAGAAAAGUGGCAUGAAUAAUCAGCAUAGUAGUUCCCUUGAACCUGGCUGACUAAAAAUGUUUGAUAUUUUCAGUUGAUGCUCAGGCAUCUUGAUCACCCUUAAAAGGUAUUUAUUUCUACUGCUGAGUGAAGACAAGUAGAACUGAAGUAUUAGUGAAAAAAAAAAGUAACUGUCACAUUGAGGCGAGGUUGUUAAAUACUAGGAAGGUGGAAGGCCAAUAGGAAAUGUGAGCUGCACAUAGGCUUUUGUCUAUAGUCAUGCCUUCAUUGGCCGUUGGUAAGUUUUCUCCUGAUAGGAGAAAAACAACGUCCACUCAGCUUCCUGCAUGUUAGGAAAGCUCUCAAACAACUGAGCUAUGUCCCCAGCAGUAGACUUUUGAAAUCAUUUUCACACCAGCUUUUGAAAUAGCAUUUUAUCAAAACACGUAUGUAAGCUGGCAGGGUUAUGGGCAGCAUUUAAAAUUUAUACUGAGGGGUUGGGGAUUUACUCAGUGGUAGACAAGCGCAAGGCCCUGGGUUCGGUCCCCAGCUCCGAAAAAAAAAAAAGAAAAAAAUUUAAACUGAAAGAUUAUAAAUUUUACAAAUAUAAACUCAUGUCACAGUUAUGAGUUGAUUGCUAGUUAAGAGUUAUCCAGUAGUCUUUAUGACAUCCUAGUAUAUUAGACAAGUGUGAUCGUAAAUGAAGUUAAGACCUGCCCCAUUCUUCAUAGAGAAAGAACUCAAAAAAAAGUGUCCCUGCUUGUAGACUCAUUAAAUAGAGUAAGCAUGGUGUUUGGACAGCCAAAGUGCAUUUUCUUCUUUUUAGUAUAUUAUUUAAAUUCACUAGUUUAUUUUUAUGGAAAUUCCCACUUUAUAAAGUACUGGGAAAUAACAGGAAGUUUGUUUCAUGUGAUGUACAUACUUGAAUAUAUAUAAAUUUACUUUGCCUUACUUACUACUAAACUCUAGCUAAGCCUCUGUACUUUACAUCCACAGUAUACUGAGCAUCCUGUUGUUCUUGUUCUGCAACAGUUUGUUCAGAUAGCAAAUACCAGAACCUGUUUGAGUUGUGCUUAGCCUUCUGCCUGGCUUCUUUCUAGUUUGUAGUAUCUAAAGUAGAUUGAAGCCUAUUUAGUGUUUCUUUUAUAAUCUGUGAUAUAGGUCAGUAUGAGUCCAUGUUUCAUUCAGCUGGGCAGUGUAUUGUAAAGGGUUAUUGGAUAUUGUAGCCAGGAUACUAAGGACUUGUUAACAUCCCUUCAGUGAGACAGCUUUAAGAGCUGGUUAGUCUGAUGGGAGAAGACAGACCACCAACUCUUUCCAGCUUUUUUCCCCCUUCUUUGUAAUUUAAAUUCUCAAAUUCUAAAUAGUCUUAUGAAUUUUUUUAAAAUUACAAUUAGCCAGGUGUCCCACAUGCUUAUUAAAAUAAUGCUUUUGAACUGGAUGUAUAAAUCAGUGUGACAGUGCUUACUUAGCAUGGGACAGUUGUGGGUUCAGUCCUUAGCUCUGCCAGAAAGAAGAGAACACCUUCAAAAUAUUUUUAGAGGAUAUUCUGCUAUGCAGUGUAUUUUGUUGCUACUCAAGAUCUGGGGCUUAAGUUUAUAUUUAAAAAAAAAUUACUGAGUUUUUUAAGUCUCCAGAAGAAAUUUUGGAGGCCAGCGAGAUAGCUAACAGUAGGUAAGAAGGCACUGCAGCCAUACCUCACAGCCUGAGUUCUGAGUACCAGUGGACAGGCUGCUCUUUGUCCACAUGUGCACAAAACACAAAUAAAAUGUAUUUAAUUUUUGAAAGAAGUCGUUUUUCAGUAACAGUACUUAUGAGAAGCUUAGAAAUUUAAAAAUGUACCUGGGCCAUUACAUUUUUGUCAUGUUAAAGGGUUCAUUAAUCGUUUAAGAGUAAAAAGUACCUCAGAACAGGACCUUCUAAUGCCUAAUUGUAUAACAAAGGCUGUGGUGCUUACAUAAAUGCUAUUGUGACCUCUAGAGGGCCUUUUUGUUUUUAAUUUAUGUUUUUAUGCACAUUGGUGUUUUGCCUGCACAUAUGUCUGUGUGAGGAUGUCAGAUCCAGGAGUUACAGACAGUUGUGAGCUGCCAUGUGGGUGUGGGUGUGGGUGUUGGGAAUUAAACCCUGGUCCUCUGGAAGGGCAUUCAGUGUUCAGUGCUCUUAACCUGAGCCAUCUCAGCCCAGGGGAGGGUCUGUUUUAUAGAAAGGAAAGGCAACAGAAAAAACAGGAUUUGAACCAGCCCCUGAGACCGGUUACAAGCAAAAUUAAUUUUUUUCCUGUAAGUAAAUAUGUUGUUCCAUGCUUCUGUCUAGGCAUUUAAGAGUCUAAGAUAUGAAAGACUUAACACUGGAUAACUAAAUGGAAAUGCCAUUGACCAGGAAAAUAAUGGGUGGAGUUCUUGUUAAAUAUAUCUUUUGAUAUUAAACUUCAAGAAAGGGGUCCCAGGAUAGGGUGUUUACCUAGCACUAGGCCCUGGUUCAAUUCCAGCACUGCAACUCAAGUUUGGUUGUACAUGCCAAUAUAUACUUGGGAGAUAAAGGCUGGAGAAGUGGGAUAUCUUACUGCAUAACAAACUGGUAUGAAUAUAUACUUUUGUAAGAUUGAGCUAAUUCUUUGUAUUAAUAACUAAGUCUUAAGUAGAUGGAUAAACCAAAUCUUCAUUUCUAUUUUGGUUGUUUGGCUCUCAUUUUAGUCAAGUUACAUGGUUUUAGUCAGUUUUAAGCUAUUUGGUAAGUUUUUACUUAGAACUUUCUCAGAAACUGAUUUGUCAUGAAGAUGUAUGUUUGUUGUCAAGAGAUGAGAUGCCCUUGGAAGGAGUGCAAAUGUGCAUACAUGCAAAAGAAAUAGAGGCAACUGGCGUGAUACACAUUUUCUUAUUUGUACCCCAUGGUAUUUAAGUGGUACAAGAGCCAGGGAUUUCUGUGAACUAUAGUCCACCCUGGGUUAUGAAAUGCAAAUGUGUCUCAUAAAACAGCAGUGCCAUAUACUUGAGGUAUUUAUGAGCCAAAGUAAGGACUGUUAGAAACCUUGUUCUUUUCCCUUUAGUUUUUCUAUGCUUACUUCAAAACAUCUUUCUGGUUAAUCAGAAUAAGUGAAGAUGGUAGUCAAAAUUGGGAGAAGGUGUAAUUUUACUAUUUGUUGUGUCUUGAUUUCUGGCAUAUGUGCUGUCACUUGAGUUCAGAUGGUGUGCACAGUUAUUUUGGCCUGGGAUACUUUGAUUCAGCAGUGCCUGAAUUUCUUAAUGUGGCUUAUUGAAAGUUAAUUUUAAGAUCAGUAAGAGCCUUCAGCCUAUAAAAUAGUGGAAAAUGAAUAUUUAGGUGGGGGGAUUGCAGCUUAUGUUGGAAUUACCUAUUUAUAUUAAAAUUAGGGACUAGAAUGGAACACGAGAGGGGAGGAGGGUAAAGAGGGUUAAAAACUUUAGAGAAAUUCAGUGAAUUCUGUUAGACUACACUUUUGAACAUUUUUAAAUACUAUAAAAUUUGGGUUUUUUUAAUUUAUUUUUAAAUAAACUAGUUAUUUGCACUUUACCUGCUGGCCUUCCCAUUUGGUAGAUAACAUUCUGAACUCCAGCAGAGUUUUAUAAUCCCCACGUGCUUAAAUAUACUAAAUGUUCUUUUUCCAUUAAGGUUAAUGUUCGUGAAGAAAUUGAAGAGUUUUUUCCAAGAAUGUGGAAGAUAAAUCAAGAUAAAAGAAGGCUAAUGAAAAGUAUUAAAGAUCAGAAAAUUAAAAUUGAAUGGGGGAAAAAAUUGAACAGAAGAUUGGUCAGAUAGAAGCACUUGAAUAUUUUUUUUAAGGCUAUUUUGAAUUGUUUGAAUUGGGGAAGAAUACACGAAGUAUGAAAAAUGAAAAACUCAAUGAAGAAUGAAGAGAAGUAGAAAGCAAGAGUGAAGUAGAAUUAAAAGAAUCUGGAAGAAUGAAUGGGUCCUAGGUUAAGUAAAUGAGUCUCGCUCUCAGUCAAAAUCUCCAACGGGAACUCCUGCUCGUGUAAAAUCAGAGAGCAGGUCAGGAUCUCGUAGUCCAUCAAGGGUUUCCAAACAUUCUGAAUCCCAUUCUCGAUCAAGAUCAAAAUCCAGGUCGAGGUCACGGAGGCAUUCUCAUAGACGCUACACGCGAUCCAGGUCACACUCUCACAGAAGACGGUCGCGAAGUAGGUCCUAUACACCAGAGUACAGGCGGAGGAGGAGCCGGAGCCACUCCCCCAUGUCAAACCGCAGAAGGCACACUGGCAGCAGGGCAAACCCAGAUCCUAACACUUGCCUGGGAGUAUUUGGCCUCAGUCUGUAUACAACAGAGAGAGAUCUUCGUGAAGUUUUUUCUCGAUAUGGACCUCUGAGUGGUGUUAAUGUGGUUUAUGAUCAGCGAACUGGGAGGUCACGCGGGUUUGCUUUUGUGUAUUUUGAGAGGAUAGAUGACUCUAAGGAGGCUAUGGAAAGAGCAAAUGGGAUGGAGCUGGAUGGUAGAAGAAUUCGUGUGGAUUAUUCUAUCACCAAGAGAGCACACACACCUACACCAGGCAUUUACAUGGGCAGACCAACUCACAGUGGUGGUGGAGGUGGCGGAGGAGGAGGUGGUGGCGGCGGUGGUGGUGGAGGUGGUAGACGGCGAGAUUCUUACUACGAUAGAGGAUAUGAUCGAGGCUAUGACAGAUAUGAAGAUUAUGAUUACCGGUACAGAAGAAGGUCGCCUUCUCCUUACUACAGUCGCUACAGGUCACGAUCAAGAUCCCGUUCCUAUAGCCCAAGACGCUAUUGAUACCGGAGCGAUUGUGCCCCAGGACUUUGCUUCCUCUUUUUGGUUUUUGGAUUUCCAAGCUUCCAAUGUUUCCUUUUAAAAACAAAAAACAAAAAAACCUGGUUUAUUUAACCUCUGUGUGGCCAGUUGUGUUGCUGUUCUUCACCCUUUGUUAAACUCUUAAAGGUGUAAUUGUCUUUUCAGUAGUUGAACAUCUCGAGUAAAGGAGCACCAUGCUGUGCUUUGUGGUUCUUCUUUGCCUUACAGAGGAUUAACUUCUUACGAUGAGGAAAGAAACCAUCUUUUGAAAGCUUUUUCUGAUGGACAUUGUAGUAGACAUUAGAAAUCUGUGGUAUGACAAACUGCUUUUUAAUCUUCUUUGGCAGAAGACAACACUUUGGAUAGGUCAGUCCUGUCAGGCUUGUCUGGAGUGGCAUGGAGCAGUUGAAUAGUUGAGUGUAGAAAGUUUGAAGCUCUAGGAGAAAAUAUGGGACAUUUCUUUUGAAGAAUAUAACUUUGAACGUAAAAAUUAAGUCACCUUUUAGAAAUUAAAAGCUUGUAAUUCCUAUAAGACAUGUUGUAUUUGAAUUUACAUGUUAAACCUUAUUAUAAACUUAAAGUGUGAUUUUUAUGUUAAGUUUACGGAAACUUUAUUCCCUUAAUCACUGAAGGACAACCUUUAUUUAUUACCUAGAACAAUUGUAUAACUUGCUGUUAGAAAUUUUGGUAUUGGGACAUUGGUUACAUGGGUUAUUGUAUAGGAUCCUAAAUAAUACAUGUGGGGAAGAGUAAUUUCAAAUAAAAGUUAAUUUGAAAAUGG